GUAUUUUUUGUCUUAUAUUUUUUUUGUCGUGUCGAGUUGGCAAUGGCCAAGCCGAAUCCGAAGACGACGAAGUUCGCAUACUUCGCGAAUCCCAACGACAGCCGCAGAAACUAACGAUGGAAAGGGGAAAAUCCUAGUAAUACUAUGUGAGACUAGCCGGGAUAUCUUUCUCGAAUCCCGCCCGACCACGCAUAUGAGGGGAAACCCCCCGUCAAGUCAAGUAUCAACGGCUCCAAGAAGUUGCAGGGGGCUUUAUUACUGUGCAUCUUGGUAUAGCACGUUGAAGGUAUAUAUCGUACCACCAACAAACGGAUAUCGUCAAUUCAUUAGUAUUACUACCGUACAUUAAGUACCAUGCCCCAUAGCAUUGAUCCUUCGCACCAUCAUCUCGAGUCAUUCGAUUGCUAGAAAAGUAUACUUGCUAGUUAUUUAAAGAUGGAUGCCGCGGAUUUGCCCGAUUUCGACGACCUGCCAAAGGUCCCCGAUAUGCCCCAAGGAUGCGCCUGGGGUGUAUUCGACAAGGACGGCAAGAAAGAUCUUCUGGGCACAUUAAACCUCGUCACGCCGGCUGUUAGGAAGGCUGCUUACAGCGAGGCGCGUGAUGGCAUAUCGAUAUCCUUGAACUGGCCCCUCAAUGCGAUAGCAUUCCCGCUGCCGGGGAGGAUGGCCCCCGUGCACAAGCACAUGACCUUGCGAGAAGCAGGAUUAUCCGAAGGCGCGGGCUGGGACGACGAGAUCCAUUUCAACACGCAGCUGAGCAGCCAGUGGGACAGCCUCGUCCACUGGCACCACCAGCCCUCCGGGCUAGCCUACAACGGCAUUGCCGUCACCAAGGAAGGGCUUUCCGCCGCGCACACCUCGGCGAACGGCACGCCCACGCUGGACCACUGGCACGCGACGGGCGGGCUGGUCGCGAGGGGCGUCCUGAUCGACUUCAAGGAGUGGGCGGAGAAGCGCGCGCGGGCGGAGGGCAAGACGGGCGACGAAGCGGUCUUCCACCCGCUCGACGGGCACCGCAUCACGGUGGAGGAGAUCGAGGCCGUGGCCCGGGACGAGGGCGUCGAGUUCCGGCCCGGCGACGUGCUCGUCGUGCGCACGGGGCUCACCGAGAUCCUGCAGGCGCCGCGACCCGAGGACUUCGCCAAGCUGCAGGCCGGGACGGUCGCCGGCGUGCACGGUGUCGUCGACACCGCCAGGUGGCUGUGGAACAAGCAUUUCGCCGCCGUCGCGGGCGAUUCCUGGGCUUUCGAGGCGUUGAUGCCUCUUAAGGAGGACGGGUCGGUGGGGACGCCGCUGGAGUUAGUUCUCCACCCUUGGCUUCUUUCGAUGUUCGGCAUGUCGAUCGGCGAGCUCUGGGACCUCAAGGCGCUGUCUGCACACUGCAAAGCUUCAAGGCGGUAUAGUUUCCUCCUUACAUCGGCGCCGCUGAAUAUCCCCGGGCUGGUUGGGUCUCCGCCGAAUGCUCUGGCGAUUUUCUAAGCUCGGAUGUAGAUGCAUAGUUGUCUUUUUGCUGGGAGGGGGCGGGGGUAUAU